UCUUCAUAUUACUUUGAAGUGAUCAUCUCCCAUGAUUUUUUGCCUCACUGCUUCACGCUUGGUAAGCCACAAUACAACAAAUCUAACAUUGACACUAAUGUAUUUUUGGCUGGCAUUUACUAGUUUAUAUUACUUUAAUUCGUUGUCGUUUACUUAAUAUUAUAUUUUAAAAUGUGCACUUGAAAGUGUACUCGCUUUAAGUAUAACGUACAAUACAGCCUUUUACUUCAUUAAUAUAGCCCAAAGCCUAUUAUCUGCAAGUACACUGCAGGUGCACAUUCGGUACAAUUAAUUACCCUUUUUUUGACAAGGGAACCUACGCAUAAUGCAACAUAGUGGUCCGUUAUUGUUCUUAUGUAAUAGUUUGUGUAAACGCACUACGCAGUAGAUUCAUCGUGCAGUCCACUUGAAAUACUUUGUCAUCAUUAGUGUACCAAAUAUGGAAAUGUAUAGUGAAAUCUUCCGCAAUCCAUUUGGAUAUAUUAUCAGAUAACGUUUUAAAGGGUUUUAAUUUAAAAAUGGUUUAAUAAUCUUUUGUCACGGUUUAAAGAAGAACACUUAUUUUGAUUUGUUGACUAAUUAAACCACAUUAUUUAUUUAUUUAUUCAUUCAUUCAUUCAUUUUUUUUUUUUUUUUAAACUGUGAUCAUGUGAUUUCAAUUUUUAUUUUAUUUUUUCCAGAUACCAGAUUAAGUAAGGGAAAAUGCACAUCCAAUCGGUUGGAUGUCCCGAUCAAGCCCGACUAAGUUUUCUCAGUGUGUUCAGCGCCGUCGCCUGAAGUUGGUCUUUGUCGGCUUUUUUUUCGGCCGAUUCGACAUGCUCGUCGAUCUGAUCAUUCUGAUUGGCUGUUCAGCUGGCGAACCAGUGCACGAGAAAGGUGCAGAACGAACGUGCUACUUGGCCGUCGGGUGUCGAGCGUUGGCUUGGUGUGUUCUGGGGCCGGGCUUUACGAAAAUUAUGCUGCCUUCAUGUGCUAUCGGAAUUAUUGUAAAUACAAGUUUCCUAAUCGAAAUUGGACGUGAACGGCCUCUCAAGUCGUAUUUACUACUGGGAAAUUCGGAAAUAAUUUUGAGACCCGAGUUUCCAAGCGGGUCAUAAACUUUAAACAUGGUGGAGAGAACAACCAUUGCAGCUUUCAAUGCUGUUCUCACAACAGCUAAAGUAGUGUAUUUAUAGGCUAGAUAUGAACGAUCAAUCGAAGCAUAUUGUAUGUUUUAUAAGCAGUGAAAUAAGCAUGUAUUUGACCGAAAUUCCAGAAUUGUCAGCGAACUACAUGUAUAGUGCGGUGAAUGCUUAUAUGAUUGUCAACCAAUGGGAUGCUACAUUUUAUUCUUUCCGACAUUAAAGCACUUGAAUACGUCAAGCUCGUAAUCAUGACUUCAUAAGUGGGAAAUAGGAAAUUUCCGAUAGCACGUGAAGGCAGCAUUAAUCACGGUUCCCCUUCUAGGGAACUCCACGCUGCGCCCCUAGGGGGCACUAUGGGGAAUGCAGCCUGCAUGACCGGUGUCUGAAGCACAUGUGAAACAACGCCAGUCUAUUGGCCCACAUGGCCCAUGAUGUCAUAGUGCCCGGAAGUAUAAGAGGGCACUAUGAAGUGCGUGUGAGAGACCAAGGCAGGUGAGCGGUGUGGAAAGUGUGUGCCUCCGUUCCAGAGGUUUCUGGCAUUUGAGGACACAAUCUAUCUGUCAUGUGUCUUGGUCAGGAGCUUGCGUGUUCAGUGCUCGAGGGCGCUGAACGCGCUCAUUGUGAGUGUUAUCCAAUGAGAAGCUCUAUUUGCGUUUGUCCCUCUCCUCGAGAGAUGAGUGACAAGUGUUUGCGUCUUGUGGUUCGGGUCCCAUUGUUGCCGAGGCACGGCGAAGACUCAGAUCGUGCGAUUCGCGGGUUUAAGACACUCUUUUUGGGUUAUCAGAUCCCGCGCUUUAGGGGAUGUGUGCCUCCGUGUUUGGAUCCUAAAACUCGAGGGCAUGUUCUGCUUUCACGUUUGUCUCGGCUAAGAGCACGCGCGUUCAGAGUUACGUGCGCAUCGUGAUGAGUCACGGUGUCUAGGCUCCGCUCGCGUUUGUUCCUAUUCCCGAGGGAUGCGGAACAAAGCGUUUGUGUCUCGCGGUGCGAUUCCACCAUUGCUGCGGCACAGUUUCUCACCUCGCGGUCAUGAUCUGCAAGAUCCACACACCCUCUCUAAACGGGUUGUUGGAUACUAUUGGGUUGUUAUGACGAUGAGUCGUUUCAGCCCUGAUCCUGCUGGGAGCCAUGUUCUAGCCUGGCUCCUUAAAUAGGUUGGGUUCCCCUUGGCACAAGUUUUCCCAAUUAAGCGCUUAAGUCUUUGUCUAGGAAUCUGCUAUUCGAGGAUAGCUGUGUUCCAGCUUGGAGACUGCUUCCCUUUUAUUUAUUUAUUUAUUUUUUCUAAUUUUUUUAGGGUUUUUAAAAUGGUGGUCUCCGUGAGCCCCUUGCAUGGACUGUGCUGUCUCCCCUUCGGGGUUUUACAUAGAUGGCCCACUUCCAUGGUCUGGGCUAUCUUCAGCCUUAUCUGAGUGAACUGCUAUUUGAGGAUAGCUGUGUCCAGCCCUCUAGUGUUAUGGCCCUAUAGUGUUACAUCAGGCUUUGAUCACUGACUAUGAUGUUUAUGUGUUCGCUCUUUAGCGAAUCAUUUACUGAGGGUCCGGAUCUCCCUCUUGUGAGCUCCAGGUCAAUAACACGAUGCUUCGCUAGCCUAAUGUGGGACUGACAUGGAUUGGGGACCUCCUCAGUAUAACCAUCUGAGGGUGGUUAUAUUCCAGCCAUUAUGGCAGGUUGGGCUUACUUGAAUACAGCUAUCUGAGGCUAGCUGUCUUCUACUGCAGUUACGGUGAACCCUCUUAUGGAGUGGUCCCCUUUCCUAGAGCCUAGUUAUCUGAGGAUAGCUAUGUGCUAGCUCAGUGAUCGUUCCCCUGCUUAGGGUUUUAAGUAGCGGUCUCUUGAGCCCUUACCUACACAGUGCUGUCUCACCUCUUGGGUCAAAAGUAAACAGCCCACUCUUUGUGGUCUGGGUAGUUUCAGUCGGUCCCUCUUCCGGUAGCCCUUCCUAUAGUACAUAGCUAUCUGAGGAUAUCUAUGUGCUAGCUCAGUGACUGCUCCCCUUCUUAGGGUCUUUAAGUAGCGGUCUCCUUGAGCCUUUGCCAACACAAUGCUAUCUCCCCUGCUAGGGUUGUAAGUAGAUGGCCCACUCUCUGUGGUCUAGGCAGCUCUGUAGACAGUGACAUGCCAUUUCGUUUUAUUUCUGUAUUGUUGUAAGUAAAAUAUCGCAUUUAUACCAUAAUCGCUUAAUUAUGUUAAUCGACUAACCUUCGCGUCAAAACUGCUCGUCAAAACCACCUUUUUACUACGGAGGAGACGAUUCGCUAGCAAGAUUCCUGAGGUAAGAUGUAGUUGAAAUCAUAUUUUGCUUACAUUUAUUAAUAAAAGCAAUGUUUCCUGCUGCUGUUGUUUUAAUACUGUUUUAAACGUGCGGUCACAGCAAAAUUUUGUGGGCAAAACCCAGUCAUUGUCAAUAACAUGAGUUAGCACAUUAGUCACGUAACUUUACUGUAAACCAAGCAGCUUUCUGUUGGUUAGCGCGGCGAAAACGCGUUGAAAACUGAUUUCAAAGAGACAAUCUUUUCUCACUUUCACUCGAAAUUCCCGAGAGAGAAGACACCUUUACAAAUGGCUGAAUUUAGAAAAGCGAAAUUUCGCCAAACAGUGGUAAAUAUGACCGCACUUUUAGACAUUUUUUUUGUCAAUAAAGAAAUGGUGCUAGCAAUGCUCUUUAUUUAUUAUGUCUAAAGUAUUUAAAAGUUUGCAGAAAUGAUUAGCAAUAUGUUAUAAGUGCUUUGGAGCCACUGGUUCAGACCAGGUUACAAUCUAAAUUUGCUAACAUUAUAUCAAAUAAGUGAUGUCUAACAUUAUGUUUAUUACACAGCAAAUGAACCAAUCAGAAGAUGGACCAUUUUCUAUGUUCACCAUUCAGAAGACUCUCUGCCAUUGCAGUCCCACAUGACCAGGAAGGUACCUAACAUCAGCACACAGACAGCUACCCCUUCACUGAAGACAAGCUGAAGGCUAAAUCCUCAAUUGGAGUCUUUCUCUCUAUGGAUCUCAGCAUUUUUGGACAGAAUUUAGGAUAUUGUUGGAACCAGGGAUCUCCACUGAAGGACUGAGUACAUUUGUGUUUGUGGACAUGCAUUCAGACCAGGGAGCAUUCUGAUGUUGGCAAAGUUCUGAGCAGGAUCCAGUCUUCGGAGAAGUUCAUUUAUUCCCAAAGAUUGUUGGUUCGGGAUCAUCAUGGCUAAACGUAUUGCUGUGAUUGGAGGAGGAACUUCUGGUCUGGCCUGCAUCAAAUGCUGCCUGGAUGAAGGUCUGGAGCCAGUGUGUUUCGAGACCAGUGAUGACAUUGGAGGACUCUGGAGGUUUAAGGAAAAUCCAGAUCCAGAUCGUGCUAGCAUUUAUUACUCACUCAUUAUCAACACAUCAAAGGAGAUGAUGUGCUACAGUGAUUUCCCCAUUCCUGCUCACUUUCCAAACUACAUGCACCACUCCCUCAUCAUGGACUACUUCCGCAUGUACGCUGACCACUUCCAGCUCAAACAGCACAUCCGCUUCCAGACAAAAGUCCUUCGUGUUACACCAAGGCCAGACUUCUCUCAUUCUGGACAGUGGGAUGUAGAGACAGAGUCCAAAGAUGGUCGGAGAGAGAAGCAGGUGUUUGAUGCUGUGAUGGUUUGCACUGGACACCACUGUCACCCUCAUCUCCCUCUACAGGACUUUCCAGGAAUAGACAUGUUUAAGGGGAAAUUCUUCCACAGCCGUGACUACAAAAACCCAGAAGAAUGGCGAGGGAAGGGGGUAGUUGUGAUUGGUAUUGGAAACUCUGGAGGAGAUAUUGCUGUGGAGCUGAGCAGAAUGGCCAAACAGGUUUAUCUGAGCACCCGAAGGGGAUCUUGGAUGUUGAAUCGUGUAGGAGACAAAGGUGUUCCUUCUGAUAUGAUAUUUAAUAAAAGAGCACUAAAGUGGUUUCUUGGAUGGUUGCCUGUUGGAUUUUCUAAUAGUUGGAGAGAAAAACAACUCAAUAAACGGUUUGACCACAAGCUCUAUGGGCUGCAGCCUGCCCACAGAGUUUUCAGCCAACAUCCCACGAUCAGUGAUGACUUACCAAACCGCAUCCUCUCCGGUACCGUCUCAGUCAAGCCAAACGUUCAAGAGUUUCGUGGAUCAAGUGUGGUGUUUGAGGAUGGCACUGUUGAGGAUGACAUUGAUCUGGUGGUGUUUGCCACAGGCUAUACUUUCUCAUUCCCCUUCCUGUCUUCACAUGUAAUUCCUGUCUCAAAGAACAAAGUAUCCCUGUACAAAUACAUAUAUCCCCCAGGACUGGAGCGGCCAACUUUAGCCGUGAUUGGUCUGAUCCAGCCUCUGGGAGCCAUUAUGCCCGUCUCUGAGAUGCAGGCGCGCUGGGCCACGCGUGUUUUUAAAGGACUGUGCAAACUGCCUCCAAUAAGUGCAAUGACGAAGGACAUUAAAGCAAAAGAGCAAGCAAUGGCUCAAAGGUAUGUGGCCGCCCAGAGACACACCGUCCAGGUGGACUACAUCCCCUACAUGGAUGAGUUGGCUAAACAAGUGGGUGUCCGUCCUUCUAUCCUGAAGUUGCUCGUGACAGACCCUAGACUGGCUCUGAACGUCAUGUUUGGGCCCUGCACCCCGUACCAGUUUCGGCUGCACGGGCCGGGCCAAUGGGAAGGUGCGCGUCAGGCCAUCCUGACUCAGUGGGAUCGAGUCAACGAGCCCCUGAGAACACGCUGUACACCAGAGCCGCAGUCACAGCGCUCCUCUCAUUCACUCAUAUUCUCAGUGUCUGUUGCUGCGCUGCUGUCUGCUCUGUAUUACAGCAGAGCCAGCCUGCACACACUCAUAGCAGACCCUUCAUCACUCCUGGACAAGAUCAGGGCGUUAGUACCAUUGCCACUGACCACACAGUGAUCAUGCUAUAUGAAUCAAAAACAUUUGUAUGAAAUAUAGCAUCUUAAGAAAUGUCUUUCCAUAAGGGUAAACCACAAUCAACAUCAUGAAAAUGUCUGAAUUUACACAAUGCAUAUGCUUGAUAUUGAUAUUUAUCAGCAAGUGCCUUAACAUUAAUAGCACAGUUUGUGUAUAAUGAGCAUUUCAUUUAUGUGCCUGUGCAUUUAUGUGUCUGUAAUGUGUAUGUAAUUAUUUUAAUAUAAUUGUGUGGUUUUAAUUCACUAGCAACAAACUGAUGGUUGUUGUGUUAAAAUUCAACCACUUUCAGCUUCUGCAGUUGUUAGUUUUCUCUAAAUAUAUUGUUACUAAUAAAUGUAAUGGUGAUUA